UAAGUGCAUCAGACUGUCAGCGUCGCACCCCAGUCACUGAAACUAAUCAGAGGGACACUUUUACGCCACCCAUCAAUCGGUUUACUGACUAAAUAAAUAAUCAAUCUGUCUCCUGUAACCUUGGCGGAAGUUGUGGAAACAUAAUUGAACGGAUACUUUGAAAUAUCGCCGACAACAUGGCUGAUUUUAGUAUCGAUCAGGAAAACCUGCCAGGAGUAAAAGAGGUGGUUCGGGACUUUGCUGUAUUGGAGGAUCACUGCCUGGCCCACAACCUGCAGGAACAAGAGAUUGAGAGCCAUUUGGCGUCCAACAUCAACAGGAGCCGCCUCGUGCAGCAGGACCUUCUAGUGGCCAAACGUCUGCAGGAGGAGGAAGACCUGCAAGCUAAGGAAAAGAAGCAGCAACAGCACCAAGAACUGGAGCAGAUUGACAGUGAGAUAGCCCAGGUGAUUCAGGAGCAGCUUGUUCGGCAGGCGGAGCAGCAGAGACAACAGGAGGAGAAGGACGCGGCUAUCGCUCGUAAGCUCCAGGAGAAGGAGGAGAAGAGACGACAGAAGCAGCAACUUGAGGAUGAAUACUACGAGGAGAAAGGAGCUCGACGUGUCCCCUCCGACUCGGACUACCCCUACGCGGAGGACGGCCGCAAUAAGCCGUUGGACUCCGGCCGGAGGAGGUACCCCGAGUACGAUCCACCGGAGCAGGGGAGUCCCCGGCGGCACGAGUACCCCAGCAAGGACGGGUACCAGGACAAACGGGGCCUCAACCCCGACCACUACGGCCCCCCGGAGGGCAGGGAGAGGCAGGGCCGAGGGGCUGCAGCGGAGGAGUGGGAGGAAGAGCCGGUGGUCCGCAAGAAAGAGAGGCCUACCCGACCUCCUCCGCCCAGCUACACCACCGAGAGGGACCGGGAUCGGGAUAGAGACCGAGAGAGAGACAGGGAUCGGGACCGGGAUCGAGAGAGAGACAGGGACCGGGAUCGAGAUAAGGACCGAGAGAGGAAGAGGGACCGAGAUGGACGGAGGGAUGGCGAGCGAGACCGGCAGAGGGCCCGAAGCCGAGACGGGCUGGACACGAGGGAGUCUGACCGGCUCCAAGAUCGAGAUGCGGAGCGGGACCGACACGGACACGGACCCCGGAGACGAGAUGACCAAGACUGGUCCCGGGAGCAAGACCGAGGCAGAGACGGAUACGAGAGCAAAGGUGGACGUAGAGACAAAGGCCGAGACGUGUACGAGACCAAAGAUGGAUAUCGGGAGAGAGACCGAGAUCGGGAGAGGGAGAAGAGGCCGCAUAACGGGCGCGCGAGGAGCAGAGAGAAGGAACUGGACGAGCGCACGGGCUCCUGGUCUGGCGAUGAGGAGCUAAGGAACCGCCUGCGUCUCCCCUCGGGGCCCGGGGACGUGUUUGAGGAGCCCCGCAGCCCUAGCUCCCCCCGGAGGGAGGCCCUGAACCUGGACAACGAUGUCCAUAGAGGGCGCUCUCACUCUAGGGAUCUCCCCUCCCUCUCCGACUCUCCUCUGGAUAGAGGUCGUGGAGGUCGCGGGGACUUUGGCGUGGUGGAGGCGCAGCAGGGCCUGGGCCGCAUGGGGCUGAGGGAGCAGGAGCUGCGGGAGCAGGAGCUGCAGGAGAUGCGCGACAUGGAGGUGGCGCGGCGGAUGCAAGAGGAGGAGCUCAAGGCCAGUCAGAUGGGCAAGCGGGCAGCCCAGGCCCAGGCUGCCCAAGUGGCACAGGAUGAGGAAAUUGCACGGAUGUUAAUGGAGGAGGAGAAGAAGGUCUUUAAGAAGCCACGGGACCGAGAGCGAGAGAAGCCGCCGACGGACAGGAGGAAACCAGAAGGCGACUGGAGGCCAGCACAAGAGGAGGCAGUACGGCCCAGAUCACGAGACGAGUACGACCAGCAGAGGGCCCGCAAUCAUAAACCAUCCAGGCCUGCUCCUCCACGCACACAAGACUAUGAGAACGUGCCGGCUGGUGGCUAUGGCUACCCAGAGCCCCACUACCCCGCACGGCCUACCACCCGACCCGAUGCUGCCUACAAAGGUUCCUACUAUAAGCAGUGACGUCGGCCCCUUGCUGCUUGUGCUGAAUUCUACUUCCUCUUUCUUCCUUUUGUGAAUUUUUAUUUAUUUUAUUGUCCUGUUUGUCACUGUACCUUGGUCAGAGGUGACUGGGUCCUGUGCUUACUCAAAAACAUGAGAUUUAUUUCCCAUCAUGCCAUUCUCAGGCUGACCUUCUGGACCUUGGGUAGCUUUCUGAAGCAUUGUUGAUCUUUUUUUUAUUCUUUUAUUUUUACCUUUUUGUUUUUAUGUUGUGGUUCAAUCAGCUCAACACCAAGAAAAGGAAAAUAUGUCGCUCCUACUACUGGCCAAUCAUGACUUUCUCUGAUCAUGGAAAUCACUGGAGGCUGAAAUGAGAGGAACUUGUUCUUUUGUUUUGUAUGGACAUCUUGUUGUUUCAUAGUUUUGUCUGAACACACGUGACAAGGAGGACACAGGAUGCUGUUUGUGUGCGUGUGAUGAGGAUUCUCUUGUCGUGGCCAUGUGUUUGGUGUUGGUCCAGCAGAAGCUUGAGGAUCUUCUAAAUCAUGUCUUAAUCCACACUGGACAGAGCUGGAUCUUGGACCCCCUUCCUCAAGGAUUUUUUUUUUUUUUUUUUUUUUUUUAAGUGUUUGAAACACAAAAACAACAAAAUCAGAGGACAAGAAACAAAAAAAACAUUUAGAAGAGUAUUGGUCAUUCACUGUAUUAAUUGAACUGGAGGAGAAUGAGUUGUAGCCAUCAGUGGACACUUUGACCUUGACUGCACAGGUCAAGUUUGGUUAUCGUCUUUGUGUCUCUAUCAGUCUCUCUCUCUCUCCCUCUCUCUCUCUCUCUGUCUCUCUCUCUCUCUCUCUACAAGAUGCACUGCUACUGCUGUGUUUGUUUGUGUAUGCAUGCAGGCUGAAGGUAAACUCCACAGUGUUUUAUUAUAGCUCGAGAGUUUUGAGUGUGAACGUAAUGUUUGUUUGUUUGUUUGUUUGUUUUCUCCCUCCACCCUCGAUACAUACUGUAUAGCUCAAGCUUAAAAACUGACUAUGGUCGACCCACAGUUUUUUUUUUUGUAAUUCUCUUCUGCUUUCUGAAUCUCUCUCCAUUCCAUUCUUGUUGAACAAGCAACAACCGUUUGCAAUAUUUGCAUGGUCAGUAGACAGUGAAACAUCAACUGUGGCUAUUUGCAAAUAGGGCAUUUUCAUUUUUAUUUGUUUUUCAUUCACUUAAGUUUUUCAGUAUUGUUUAUGAGAAAUGAAGAACACAACUUUCAUAUGUAAAAUGCUAAGGCACUAACUAAGUUGACAAAAAAAACAUCAAAAGAGACUACUUCAUAAUCAUUGGUAGCUAAACCAGUAAAGGGAAAACAACAGCCAUGAUCCAUAAUACAAGGGGCAAGUGUUUGCAUUUGAAUGCAUACGCUGUGUCAAACCAUCUAUGCCUUAUGGCAUGUGUGAUGCACCACCCUUGCAUAUCAUACUUGUACGUCCUUCUCAUGCUCUGGGUGCUUUCCCCUGUACAUUGUGUUCAUUUACAUUCCAAAUCCAGCGAGGCCAAAGGGAUACUUCGUACUUCCUGUUCGGUGCGUUCCCAUGCUGCACUGCAGGGAGCGAGAACUGGGUUCCUGUGGCCAAAAUUAGCAGCUGAAUCAAGAUGCGCACACACAGCUCCUUUAGUUAAUGCUGCCAUCCAUGCCUCGGGAAGCAGACUGUAAUCGGAGCCUGUGUGUGCGGGUGCUGGCAUAUCUGUGGUCAUGGGGAUAAUGUGGUCUUUUGUAUGUUGUGGAUAACAUGGUUACCAAUAUGCCCUCUCCACAGUGAUUUUGUGAUUUGAUUCAUUUCCUUCAUGGUAGAGGGUUUUUGAUGACUCUGCCACUGGAUCCCUUUCUGCUGUGGCUAAACUGCAUUUGGUGCAUUUUCCCUCCGUGACUUUUAUGAGCUGUCAUUAUUAUGCUGCAUAGACAUUUCUGGUUUCUGGAGAUUAAAUUGGCUCUAUGGGGUUUGUGCCAAAACGCUCACUUUUUCAGGGACUUAAUUGUAGUGGCACCUCGUCAGGGGGACUGACAGUUGUCAAUCAUGUUCACUAGCUUGUUCUUUAGUACUUUUCCCCUUUUCAAUAAGGACUUUGUUCUUUGAUUAUCUCUUUAUCAUGAUAUUGUUUACAAUAUUGUAUCUACAUAUAAUUCCAUGUUUUUUGUACAUGACUAAUUAAAUGGGCAUCUUAUUCCAUCACAAAGAAAUCUCUGUAGUGUAACUUAUCUGUCCUUUCUGUUUUAAAGAAAGGAGGACUGUGAUUGGCCCGUGCCAAAAUACAGUGCUCUGACCUGCCGCUACUGCUGAUUUGAAUUUGUUUGUUUCUUUUCUGUUAUUUGUCAGUUUAUUUUACAAUAUGUUACAUUUUUAUGUUGAAAUACAUCUAUUAUGGGCAUUCCAAACAUGUAUUCUCAGAUCCCCAAACAGUAUAUAGCACCAUAGUUCAAAAGGGGGGAAAUGUUGUCCAUACUGCUGGGUCUUGAACAUCUAGCUGUAGGGCUUUAUUUUUCUUUCUGGCCAGUCAAAACUGAUAACUUGAGUAUAAAAUUAAAUGGAAUAGCAAUUGCCAGAUCCGAGUGAGGGGAAAGUUCAUCAUGUACUGUAUGGGACUGCCAUUAUCCAUUUCGGGCAGUUAAAAACAUACUCAAAUGGAUUUCACACUGCAGACUUUAGACACUCCCUGAGAGCCUUAAUGCUUUUUUGAUGUCCAUGCGAGAGCUAUCCAUGUUUUUGUAGCAUUCCACCAGUGCCUCGUAUCACACCAGGAAAGGGAGAGCACUGAGUCUGUCAGCCGUUUGGGGUCUGGUGUAUUCACAUUGGCAUGGAGCCCUGUCGUUAUUCCUGUAGUGGGUGUAAGUCCUCUCCCACAAUUUGACCCUUGUAAAGCAAUUUGUUCCGUCUCUGAUUCUAGUUCUCCAGGAUGCCAUACCUGAUGAGCCAUAGUAUUGUUAGUUUAUAAAGCUGUGGCGGAAUCCCACCCACCCAACCCCACCACGCCCUCUUCUCCCAUGAGGAACUAGACCAAGGUGUGACAGGUAGUUGUCAUGACAAUGGGCCUCUUGCACAUUGAGCUCUGAAGACAGCUUUGUCAAUACAUUCCAUUCAUGCAUGGUAUGUUUUUUGAGGUUUCAUUUUAAUGAUUCUCCCUCUCUGUUAUGAGUCAUGUGUAUGCCACACAGUCUGUUUACCUUUUGACCUGAAAGCUGAGUAUUUGAUGUGAUUGUGUAUGCUGAAAGCUUAUCUGCUGGUUAUCCAACUAUCUUUGGCAGUUACAAUUUUAAGAUAGUUUGCCUUAUGCUGAUGUUUUUUAAUUUAACACAUCCAUUUACACAAGAAGUUCACAACCAAUUCCCCAUUAACUUUGGGAGUUUGUUUUUAUGUAUGUUUGAUUCUGAUCAGCCCAUUUGGAGCUUGAUAGAAACACUCUUGUGCAUGUUUUAUGAUGAACAGCCUGAGCAUGGUGGACAUGGUGGACACACCCAUCCUCCUGUGGGUGCUGACUUAGAUUUCAGUCGUGUCAGUAGGCAAGAGAGUGAGUCUCACUUCAGAUGUAGUUUAAUCACUUGCACAGUGUAAUUAACCUCCCGAGUCCUCCAGGGGUAAAUCAAGGACUUAAUCAUGUGAACAGCAAUGUUUGACAGGAAUUAAAUAACUGAAAUUCAGCUGAGCACAAAACAAGUAUAGUAGGUUAUUUUGAAUGGUGGCUCUGUCAAUAGUUUACAGCAUACAGUACUAUCAGCAUUUACAACUAGAAAGGCAGUCUGAGAGUGGCGUAUGCCAUGUCACACAGCAAAAGUGAAACUACAUUACAGUCUUAACAAACUUUGACCCAUUCAGCACCUUUACACUUUCAUUCUAAAAUCAAGCCUGUUGUUUUUCAGUAAACUGCAUAGACAAACCAUACUGACAAACAAAAACCUGGCAGAGGUCAUCAUGCAGCUUUCCAUUUUUCAGGCCAUAUUGUAAUAAAACCAACAGUAGUAGUACAACAGGUUAAAUGACUUCAUUUGAAAAUGUUCAGGCUGAACAGGUUGAUGGUUGCUGUCAGUAGUAAGGUAAUUUGAGCUACAAUCAUUGUGUCCUAAUCGGUUUAUAAGACUUUAUUGGACCAUUGGUGGCACUUAUAUUAAAUGUUGGAACAAAUGUGAUUUAUGAAAAACAUUGGGGGUAGUUUCUCUCACCUGGCAUUGUUUAGCUUUACAAUGGAGGUUUAUUGUCAUGAAGCACACAAGCUUUGGUACUCUGGAGUUGUAGUAUAUCAAAAUACUUGUCUUGUGUUUCUUAUACUGUGCUGAGGUAAAUGUGAGUAUGAUUGGUGUUGGUAUCAUUCCCAUUGCAGACAACGUGAAAUCAAGUGCAAUUUUUAAUCCAAUAUUCUUUUGUUUUAGAGAAUGAGUGGGAGAGACCAGUUCAAAUUAUUGUAGUAUACAGUUACUCUGGAACAAUCACAUGUGUUUUGCAAAUUGCAACUAUUAGUCUUUAUCAUAAGAUCCAAAUGUGAUUUCCAUAUUUAUUUUUUACAUUUGCUACAGUGUGUGUAUACACACUGUAGCAAAUUACUUGGUGACUUAUAAUGAUAAAAAAAAAAAAAAAAAAAGAUUGUAACAAUGUUUUGGCUGCUUGGAGCAAUAAAGUCAUGCUGCUUAGCAGAG